AUGAAUUUUGGUGAAGGAGAUGAAGGUGCGGAUGACGAAGAAUCUUUAUCUUCCUCAAGAAUUUUUCUUUGGCAUGGUACUGACUCUGAUAAGAAAGAGAGUCUUGUUAAUUGGAGAGAGCUGCUAUUGCCAAAUAUAUUUGAAAUCUGGUCACCUCCCAAUGGUAUUGCUAUUAUAGACAGAUUCCCAAAUGUUGUAAUUAAAGAUACUGAGGUCCAUAAAUCUUCUAAAGUUUGUAGUUUGUGGAAGAAUAGUUCAAGACUUGCUUCAGUCAACAGAAUCAGCAACAUAAAGAAGAUUAGCCUAGUCAGCAGUCCAAUCAGCUUUAUAAAGAAGAUUAGCCUAGUCAGCAGUCCAAUCAGCUUUGAAAUACAAAUUCAUCAAAUGGCUCAAAGUGGUUUGGAGUCUGAAAAUCCUUCAAGUCCGUUUUAUUUGCAUCCAAGUGAGAAUCCAUCUUUGAUUCUCGUUUCUCCUGUACUUAAUGGUCAGAAUUAUCAUUCAUGGGCAAGAUCCAUGAGAAUGUGCUUAUUAUCUAAAAAUAAGCUUAAAUUUGUUAAUGGAAGCAUUCCUGUUCCAUCUGUAAAUGCUGAAAUUUACCCUGCUUGGGAACGCUGCAACACAAUGGUGGUUUCUUGGAUUUUAAGAUCACUUUCUCCUUCAAUUGCACAAAGUAUCUUAUGGAUUGAUACAGCUAUAGAUGUCUGGAAACAUUUAUUUGACAGAUUCUCUCAAGGUAAUGCUAUUCGUGUAUCUGAUUUACAGGAAGAAAUUUAUGCAUAUAAACAGAAUAAUUUGUCAAUAACUGACUACUUUACUCAGUUAAAGAUCUUAUGGGAUGAAUAUGUAAAUCUUAGAAUGUUGCCUGUGUGUACUUGUGUUCCACAGUGUCAAUGUGAUGCUAUGAAAUCUGUUAAAAAUCAGCAGGAUGCAGAUUAUGUCAUAAAGUUUCUUAAGGGUUUGAAUGAAAAUUAUGGCACAAUUAAGACUCAAGUUUUGAUGUUAGAUCCUCUACCAAAGAUAAAUAAGGUUUUUUCUUUAGUUUUGCAACAUGAAAGGUAG